AUGGUCCGCCUCUCCAUCGCCUCAGUCCUCUCCCUCGGCGCCGUGGCCACACAGGCCCUAGCCGCAGGAAACUGCACCGGCGUCAACGCAAUCAGCACAAAAUGCGCCUCAAAAGAAGCCGCCCACACCCGCGACUUCUUCUACGUAGGAGGCCGCUACAUCGAGACAACCUCAGGAAACGUCACAGUCGACCAGCUCUACGUCGAAAAGCUAGUCCCCGUCACCACCAGCCACACCCGCCGCCGUCGUAGCACCGUCACAACACCAAAACCAAUCGUCUUCUUCCACGGAGGCGGAACAACAGGCGUAACAUGGCUCAACACACCCGACAACCGCCCCGGUUGGGCAACCUACUUCCUACAGCAGGGCCAUACAGUCUACCUAGUCGACAUCGCCGCCAUCGGCCGCUCGACAGAGAACAACCUCGCCAAUUUCACCAUGAUCGCCGGCACGGCGGCCGAGGGCGUGGAAAAGGGGUUCACGCACGUCGAGGCUUACAACGCAUACCCGCAAGCUAUCCUGCACACCCAGUGGCCCGGGACCGGACAAAAGGGAGACCCGACGUUUGACCAGUUCAAAAAGACGAUCCUCCCGCUAUCUACAAGCUGGGUUCCGCAGGAAUACGCUCUCCGCGCGUCAGGCUGCGAGCUUUUGUCAUUGCUGGGCGAGAAAGCGUAUCUCAUCUCGCACUCCAUCGGUGCCCGCGCCCCGAUCUUGCUGUCGAACGAUUGUCCGGAGUACAUUGCGGGAAACAUCAACCUCGAAGGCACGACCGUACCCUUCUGGUCAUUCGAGAGCCGCUCAGCGACGAACGCGUGGGGGUUGACGAACACGCCUCUCGACUACGAUCCGCCCAUCGCCAGCGCGGCUGAGCUUGAGACCGAGGUUGUCGGGAAUGAUACGGCUGCGCACCGGAGUUGUUACCGCCAGAAGGAGCCGGCGCGGCAGCUGCCCAAGAUUGCGAGCGUGCCGUAUUUGAUGGUUACGACGGAGGCGAGUGUGCAUGUUACGUAUGACCACUGUACGGUGGACUAUCUGAAGCAGGUUGGUGGGCAGCCGGAGUGGAUUAAGCUGGGGGAGAUUGGGAUUCGUGGGAACGGGCAUUUCAUGCAUUUGGAGAAGAAUAGUUUGGAGAUCGCGGCGGUGGUGAAUAAGUGGAUUCAGGAGAAGGAAGGGGCUUGA